UCUGUCUGCCCAAUCCAUUAGUUGAAUCGUCCCCCUUCUUCGACCCUCGACCCCACGCCGCCGUCGAAGCUCAUACAGUGCGCUUUGAACCGUCGCCACCACCGGCCGAUCAUGCUGCGGCGGACCAUGUCGGCGAUAAUCCGGCGAUCAACCACGAAUCUCCUUCGUCUUGGCGCCAGCAUACACACCUCAACAGCUCCAGAAUUUAAGGACACCGGUCUCUAUGGCUUCGACAUCUUGAAGUCUCCCGAAGGCUUUCGCCGUUUCGUCGACGAAGCUAUUGAGCGGUCAGGUGAACUCGUUACUUACAUUUCUGGAAUGCCAUCAUCCGAAGAGAUUAUCCGAUCCAUGGACGAAAUAUCAGACACUGUCUGUUCAGUUGUGGACUCUGCAGAACUAUGUAGACACACUCAUCCUGACAGGGAAUUUGUUGAGGAGGCGAAUAAGGCUUCAAUGAGAAUCAAUGAAUAUCUACAUUAUCUCAAUACAAAUCACACACUAUAUAGUGCGGUGAUAAAAGCAGAGAAAGAUAAUCUUUUAUGUGGUACUGAAGCUCAAAGGACAGCACAUUCGCUUCGCGUUGAUUUUGAAAAGGGUGGAAUUCAUCUUAGCGCUGAUAAGCUGGACCGUGUUAAUCAGCUAAAUAUAGAAAUUUGUCAAUUGUGCAGAGUGUUCAAUGAAAAUAUUAUUAUUGACCCGGGUUAUGUGGAUAUAUUUCCCACAUCACGUAUACCAAAACCGUUGCACCAUCUUGCUAAGCCCAUUUAUCGUUCCAGAUCAAGUACAUCUACAGAGUUUUUAAAGACAAGAUAUAAUACAAGAGAAAAAGGAUUUCGGAUAGCAACAGAGCCAAGUACUCUGUCCUCUGUUCUGCAGUGGGCAUCAGAUUCUGAGGUUAGGCAGGUGGCAUAUGUCAAAGGAAAUUCUGUCCCAUUUGCCAACCUUGGUGUCCUUGAUAAGCUUAUUGCUGCUCGUCAUGAAAUUGCUCAGAUGUUGGGCUACAAAUCUUAUGCUGAAUUUGCAGUACAUCCAAAUAUGGCUGCAUCACCAGAGGUUGUAAUGUCUUUUUUGCUUGAGAUGAGUGAAAUUGUUAGGCCAAAGGCUGAUGAGGUAUUAUGUUCAGUACAUAUACUUGAGUUCAAAAAAAUUUGGGAUUUUAAAAGAGAGCGGAGUGGCCAGAUAAAUGCUGAACUAGAGGCCUGGGACGAAGCAUACUUCACAGGAUUGAUGAAAACAUCAGCUUACAGCUUGGACUCCUCAGUUGUAGCAUCAUAUUUUCCUUUGCUGCAAUGUAUAGAGGGCUUGAAGGUCCUGGUUCAGUUAUUGUUUGGUGUGACAUUGUGUAAUAUCCCUCUAGCACCUGGGGAGUCUUGGCAUCCAGAUGUGCUUAAGAUGUUACUUCAUCAUCCUGAAGAGGGUGACUUGGGGUACUUGUUCCUUGAUUUGAAUUCAAGAACAGGCAAGUAUCCUGGUUCUGCUCAUUUUGCCAUUAAAGGUGGCCGGCGCAUCUCUGAAACAGAAUACCAACUUCCUGUUGUGGCCCUUGUUUGCAAUUUUUCGGGUUCAUGUACUCCAGCAAGUGUGAGGCUGAACCAUUGGGAAGUGGAAACUCUUUUUCAUGAGUUUGGACAUGCUCUUCACUCAUUGCUUUCUCGAACGGAUUACCAGCAUUUUUCAGGUACUAGGGUGGUUCUUGAUUUGGCUGAAACACCUUCAAACCUUUUUGAGUACUAUGCUUGGGAUUAUCGUGUCCUCAAGAAAUUUGCGAGACAUUAUUCCACUGGGGAAACAAUACCAGAGAAACUAGUAGAAUCAAUACAACGGGCCAGAAAGAUGUUUGCAGCAACUGAGUUGCAACGCCAGAUAUUUUAUGCCUUAAUUGACCAAACACUUCAUGGAGAGCAGCUGCCUUUACCAGUAGAUACAAUUUCUAUUGUUGCGGAUUUAAAAAGACGACAUACUAGCUGGAAGCAUGUGGAGGGUACACAUUGGCACACUCGCUUUAGUCAUCUUCUAAAUUACGGUGCAGGUUACUACAGCUACUUGUACGCCAAGUGCUUCGCUGCAACCAUAUGGGAAAAGCUAUGCCGCGAUGAUCCUCUAUCACUAGCCACAGGAUCUGCUCUCAGAGCAAGGUUCUUGCAACACGGUGGAGCCAAAGACCCAGCCAAUUUGUUGAAUGAUCUUGUGGGGGAUGGUAUUAUAAGGUACCGCGAUGGAGGUAUCAUUCCUGAGACAAGAAGCCUCUGUAAAGAAAUGGGUCUGGAGGAUGGUUAGGAAAAUCCGAUUUUCCCUUUUCAAGUGAUUGCAUUGGAUACAGAGAAAGGAGGAGAACUCGGUGACUUUCUGAAGAACUGAAGAUAUCAUAUGUGAAGCCUGGCACCACUCUCAUCAGUGUCGGAGAAACUUUGAUAUACUCUCCGAUGUGAAUUUGUGCCUGUUGAAACUAUCGAAUUGUUUGGGAGGGCAUGCAAAACCCCUCUUUUGCGGGUCAAGGGCCAUGAGGUUAUCAUUCAUAAGAAAAAAGAAUAUAGCCAUUUAUUUCAUGUAGCAAAUAAGAAUUUCCUGUAUUUCUUUGCUAAAUUGUACCAAAACAUCAGCAACAACAAUUGGAAGCCUUAAUUUCGCUUGGUAGAAUCGGCCAAAUGAAUUUGAGACUUCCACUAGUAUCUGUGAUGCACUCCACAACGAUCACUAUAACUUAAUUUUAUGUUUAAAGGAUUUUUUGCAUCCCCUUACUAAA